AUGCUGGCAAUGACGCUGGAGCCAAUGAAGAGGGCGAUGAUGACAUGGAAGAGUCAUGAAGAAGGCUGCUAUGUCCAUGUCUUGGAUUUGGCCACCAUUGACAUAGAUUCCAUGAAGGACCAGGAAAAUUGCAGAACAUCCCUUGCUGGUGCCUUCUAUAUGAACCAAUGCCUCAAUCCUGACCUAGAAUCGGUCCGCAGAGGUAUGAUCAUAAUGCUGGAAUGUGAAGGAUACCAGUGGGUUCCCAAAUCCUGGGACAUGAAGUAUUCGGAGCAAUAUUGGAAUGAUGUGGGUGGCAUCUAUCCCUGUCGAGUUCGGCAGUACAGGUGUUUCAACACACCCAUGGUAUUCAAUGUGCUCAAAUCUUUGGGGCGCCCUUUUGUCCCAGCAGAGAUCUAUUCCCGGAUGGUUCUUGGAUGUCGCUUUGAGCAGAGGCUUGAUGCGGUGUUUGCGGUGCCUACUGUUGAAGCCACAGAGCAACGCUUCCUCGGGAGGAGUAUUGAUGCCCUUACCAUGAGGUAUGCAAAUGAAAGGACAUUUUCAUUGGACGCAGUGUGA